AUGGAGCUCCGGGCUCUGCUCUGCUGGGCUUCCCUCGCAGCCGCUUUGGAAGAGACUCUACUGAACACAAAACUGGAAACUGCCGAUUUGAAGUGGGUGACGUUUCCUCAGGUGGACGGGCAGUGGGAGGAGCUGAGCGGCCUGGAUGAGGAGCAGCACAGCGUCAGGACCUAUGAGGUGUGCGAUGUGCAGCGAGCCCCGGGCCUGGCCUACUGGCUGCGCACAGGCUGGGUCCCCCGGCGAGGCGCUGUCCACGUGUACGCCACGCUGCGCUUCACCAUGCUCGAGUGCCUGUCCCUGCCCAGCGCGGGGCGCUCCUGCAAGGAGACCUUCACAGUCUUCUACUUCGAGAGUGACGCCAACACGGCCACCGCCCACACGCCAGCCUGGAUGGAGAACCCUUACAUCAAGGUAGACACGGUGGCUGCUGAGCAUCUGACCCGGAAGCGUCCUGGGGCCGAGGCAACUGGCAAAGUGAACGUCAAGACGCUGCGUCUGGGCCCGCUCACCAAAGCCGGCUUCUACCUGGCUUUCCAGGACCAGGGCGCCUGCAUGGCCCUGCUGUCCCUGCACCUGUUCUACAAGAAGUGUGCCCAGCUGACUGUCAACCUCACCCACUUCCCAGAGACAGUGCCCCGGGAGCUUGUGGUGCCAGUGGCAGGAAGCUGUGUGGCUGAUGCCGUCCCUGCCUCUGGCCCCAGUCCCAGCCUCUACUGCCGGGAGGAUGGCCAGUGGGCUGAGCAGCCGGUCACGGGCUGCAGCUGUGCUCCGGGGUUCGAGGCCACCGAGGGGAAUACCAGGUGCCGAGCCUGUGCCCAGGGCACCUUCAAGCCUCUGCCUGGGGAGGGGUCCUGUCAGCCAUGCCCAGCCAACAGCCAUUCCAACACCAUUGGCUCGUCCAUCUGCCACUGCCGUAUAGGGUACUUUCGGGCCAGCACAGACCCUCGGGGUGCACCCUGUACCACCCCUCCUUCGGCUCCAAGAAGCGUGGUUUCCCGCCUAAAUGGCUCCUCCCUGCGCCUGGAGUGGAGUGCCCCCCUCGAGUCAGGUGGGCGGGAGGACCUCACCUACGCGCUCCGCUGCCGCGAGUGCCGCCCCGGGGGGUCCUGCGCGCCCUGUGGAGGAGACCUGACCUUCGACCCUGGCCCCCGGGAUCUGGUGGAGCCCUGGGUCUCCAUUCGAGGGCUGCGGCCUGACUUCACCUACACCUUUGAGGUCACUGCCUUGAACGGGGUGUCUUCCGUAGCCACCGUACCCGUGCCGUUUGAGGCUGUGAAUGUCACCACUGACCGUGAGGUGCCACCCCCAGUGUCCGACAUCCGGGUGACUCGGUCCUCACCCAGCAGCUUGAGCCUGGCCUGGGCUGCUCCCCGGGCACCCAGCGGAGCGGUGCUGGACUAUGAGGUCAAGUACCACGAGAAGGGUGCAGAGGGCCCCAGCAGCGUCCGGUUCCUGAAGACGUCAGACAACAGGGCAGAGCUGCAUGGCUUGAAGCGGGGAGCCAGCUACCUGAUCCAGGUGCGGGCCCGCUCCGAGGCUGGCUAUGGACCCUUCGGCCAGGAGCACCAUAGCCAGACCCAGCUGGAUGAAAAGGAGAGCUGGCGGGAGCAGCUGGCCCUGAUCGCAGGCACUGCGGUCGUGGGUGUGGUGCUGGUUCUGGUGGUUAUUGUCAUCGCAGUCCUUUGCCUCAGGAAGCAGAGCAGUGGGAGAGAAGCUGAAUACUCAGAUAAACACGGACAGUAUCUCAUUGGCCACGGUACUAAGGUCUACAUCGAUCCCUUCACGUACGAAGACCCUAAUGAAGCAGUGAGGGAAUUUGCCAAAGAGAUCGACGUCUCCUAUGUCAAGAUUGAGGAGGUGAUUGGUGCAGGGGAGUUUGGGGAGGUGUGCCGGGGGCGACUGAAGGCCCCGGGAAAGAAGGAGAGCUGCGUGGCCAUCAAGACCCUGAAGGGUGGCUACACAGAGCGUCAGCGGCGUGAGUUCCUGAGCGAGGCCUCCAUCAUGGGCCAGUUCGAGCACCCCAACAUCAUCCGUCUGGAGGGCGUGGUUACCAACAGCAUGCCAGUCAUGAUUCUUACUGAGUUUAUGGAGAACGGUGCCCUAGACUCCUUCCUGCGGUUGAACGACGGACAAUUCACUGUCAUCCAGCUGGUGGGCAUGUUACGGGGCAUUGCCUCAGGCAUGCGGUACCUUGCUGAGAUGAGCUACGUUCACCGUGACCUGGCUGCCCGAAACAUCCUGGUCAACAGCAACCUUGUCUGCAAGGUUUCAGACUUUGGCCUUUCCCGAUUCCUGGAGGAGAACUCUUCUGACCCCACCUACACGAGCUCUCUGGGAGGAAAGAUUCCCAUCCGAUGGACUGCCCCUGAGGCCAUUGCCUUCCGGAAGUUCACAUCUGCCAGCGAUGCCUGGAGUUACGGGAUUGUGAUGUGGGAGGUCAUGUCUUUUGGGGAGCGGCCAUACUGGGAUAUGAGCAAUCAAGAUGUGAUCAAUGCCAUUGAACAGGACUACCGGCUACCCCCUCCCCCAGACUGCCCCACCUCCCUGCACCAGCUCAUGCUGGACUGUUGGCAGAAGGACCGGAACGCACGGCCUCGCUUCCCCCAGGUGGUCAGUGCCCUCGACAAGAUGAUUCGGAACCCUGCCAGCCUCAAAAUCGUGGCCAGAGAGAAUGGCGGGGCCUCACACCCAUUGCUGGAUCAGCGGCAGCCUCACUACUCAGCUUUUGGCUCUGUGGGUGAGUGGCUCCGGGCCAUCAAAAUGGGAAGAUACGAAGAGAGUUUUGCAGCUGCUGGGUUUGGCUCCUUCGAGCUGGUCAGCCAGAUUUCCGCUGAGGACCUGCUCCGAAUAGGAGUCACCCUGGCGGGACACCAGAAGAAAAUCCUGGCCAGUGUCCAGCACAUGAAGUCCCAGGCCAAACCUGGAGCCCCAGGGGCGUCAGGAGCACCAGCCUCCCAGUACUGA